CCAAAAACAGUGAAAAUUUGCCAAGAAACACAAGAAAGAGAUCAUAAAAAAUGGUGCUCCCAAGGUACGUGGCCUUCAAGUCCAAGGCAGAUGACCUCUAUUUGAAGUUCAUAAAAGAAGAUGUUCAAAUUCAUGGCUAUGUCAAGUAUGAUGCCCACAGUGUGGUGACCUCUUACACAAAGUACGAAGUUGAGCCUGCAAAAGUUGGCAAAGGCUACGUCAACAUCCGAUGUUGUUACAACAACAAAUAUUGGGUCUGCCCCUCGAUGUAUACGCAGUAUGUGGUUGCAGCAGCAGACGAGCGAAACGAAGAUCAAUCCAAUUGGGCAUGCACGUUGUUCGAACCCACCUACGAUCCUUAUCACAAAGCGUACCGAAUCAAGCACGUCUACCUCGGCUACAACACAUGUAGUUGGAGAGAUGGUACAACUCGUGAUAGAUGCUUGAACAUGGGGUUUUCAAAUCCAGAUGCUAACCUUUGUGAUCUCCAUAUUGCUGUUGAUUGGGAAUCAUUCUUUGUUUUGCCCAAACAUGUUGCAUUCAAGGGUGAUAAUGGCAGCUACCUUAGUGCACAAUGGAUUGAAGAUCUUCCAUAUCUACAAUUUUCUUUAGAUGACAUUGGAGAUCCAAAAGUGGGAAAUGAAGUUUUGAUCACAAGUGAUGGCAAUGUUCGUAUAAAGUCGAAUUACUUUGGUAAAUUUUGGAGGCGAAGUCCUAAUUGGAUUUGGGCAGAUACGACUGACACGACUUCAAAUGACCAAGAUAUCUUGUUUUGGCCCGUGAGAGUCGAGAACAAUGUUGUGGCACUUCGCAACUUAGGCAACAACUCCUUUUGCAAGAGGCUCACGACGGAUGGAAAGACAAAUUGUCUUAACGCUGCUGUUCCCACCAUCACUCGAGAAGCGCGCUUGGUGAUAGAGGAGCUUGUACUUUCAAGAAGCAUCUAUAACAUAAUCUUUCAUCUUUUGGAUGCACGAAUAUAUGACGCAAGUGUCAUCACCAUGGCCAACGGUGAUGCUAGUAACGAUUCCAGUGAAGCAAACACUAUAGAUAUUAAGCUCUCCUAUACAAAUUCUGUGAGCAACACAUGGUCUUCCACUCUUUCAGCCAAGCUUGGUGUAAAGACAUCUAUGCAAACUGGUAUUCCACUCAUUGCAGAGGGGAAGAUUCAAAUUUGUGCCGAGUUUUCGGGAUCGUAUAGUUGGGGAGAAACUCGAUUGAAAUCGUCUGUGAUCGAGACUACGUACAAAGUAACCGUGCCACCAAUGACGAGAGUGAGAGUGAGUCUAUUGGCAACACAAGCUCACUGCGAUAUCCCGUAUUCGUAUACUCAACGUGACACUCUUAUUAAUGGGGAUCAAGUGACUAACUACUAUGAUGAUGGAAUUUACACCAGUGUCAAUUGCUACAACUUCAAGUAUGAAACCAAACAGGAACCAAUUUAGGUUCUUCUAAUUUUCCUAAGUCAUAAUCUAGGAACUAAACUUUAAAUAAGGUUAUUAACCAUCUAAAUAAAGUUGGUAGACCCAAAUAUCUUAUAUAGUUUCUAAA